UCAUUCACAAAUAUUUAAAGGCCUAAAUUCUUCUGAGGAAUACAAGCACUUUCAUUUUAUUGUCAUCUGAUAGAACAGGAAAUGAUAUCACAGAGGAAACACGGACAGGCAUCCUUGCUCAAGUUUGUAAACAUUUUUAUUAAAAAUAGUUUUAUGUACUUAUUUGUUAUUCAUGGUGUCACAGGAGUUACUACGCAUUGUCAUUUAAAUCAAUUAUGAAAAACAGUUUUUAAAACACAUGGAACCAUCAUGAAUAUGCAGCUUACAUUCACAGCUUCAAUCUUUUUGGGUUUUUUUAAUCAUCAUCAUCUUUUUACAUAGUUUCAGUUACAUAGAAACUUUAAAAUGAAUGGCUAUAAAUGAUGAAAAGCAAAUUCCGGUGUGGUUAUUUUCUGCAUAAAGGCCUCAAUUACAAAUGAAUGAGGAAGUGUAAAUGCCAUCAGCCGCCUCUCCUGGGCAGGUUCACCUACAUGCCAAAGAUUUUCACGGUUACUUGCAAGUGUAAACGUUGCAGAUCCUCACGUGACAGAAGCGCUCCCCUGUGCUUCUGCCUCGCUUUCCUGGCCCCCUACUGCCAUCCAGCGCCAACCAAAAAGAUGUCUUGUACAUGUGUGCCUUUUCAAACCUGUCCUGGGGACCCCCCCAACCACAGCAUAUUUUGUAUGUCUCCCUCAUUUAACACACCUGUUUCAACUCAUCAGCUCAUGAGUAGAGUCUGCAAGACUUGAAAUGGGUGUGGCCUAUGAGAGAGACAUACAACAUGUGUGGUGGCUGAGGGUCCCCAGGACAGGCACAUUUACGAAUGAAUGGAAAGUCCUUGGACAUAACAACGACCAGUCUCCGACUCUGGACAAAUACAAAGGACUGUGGAUGGAGUGCUUAGUGCACCGUUCGUCUCACGUGGAAUGCAAAAGUUACACUUCUCUUCUUCAUCAGACCUUUGAAAUCCAGGUGGGCCGAGCAGUCAUGAUCAUCAGCAUCGUCUUCUCAAGCCUCGCCGCACUGGUGGCCAUUUCUGGUCUCAGAUGUACAAGAUGUUUAGAAGAGAACGAGAAGUCGAAGGAUAGAGCUGCCUUCUUGGGGGGAAUCCUUUUUGUGUGCGGUGGUCUUCUUGCUUUGGGCAUAACCAGCUGGUUUAUACAGGAAAUUGUUGAUUAUUUCUUUCAGAAUGACACAGCGACAGAGAGGUAUGUGGUCGGUAGAUCUCUGAUUGGUGCAUUUGUUGCAUCUGUGCUUUGUUUAUUCGGAGGCAUUCUCUUAUGCGCCGGCAGCGUGACAUAUCUACAUUCCAAAAAAAUUCUCCGCAAGCAUCCGGUCUCCAGAAAACCUGAAAAAGACUAUGUUUAAUGAUCCUGAGACCAUCUGAAUACCUAAACUUCAUCUGAAUGUUAAAUGUGUAUGUGCAUGCAUUGUGUUAAUAAAGUAAAAGACAGUAAUAAACCAUUUUAUAGUCAUUUACAUAUAUAUUAUCUCUAAUUAUGUUAUUGUUAUUUUUACUAACUGACAUCCAUGUGCUAUGAUUUAACAGCUUUUAAUGCAUGUUUAGACGUUUGUGAGUCAAUUUAGCUACUAGAAAACGAGAAGGCUGAUUGCUUCAGAGUUGACCACAGAGGAAGAUGAAGUAAUAUCCCAGUCAUAGCUUUACAGCAAACAUGGGGAUAUUUUUUACUAUUUUAAAGUAUUUUUAAAGAUGAGGAAUAUUCAAAGCUGUGAUGUAGUGUCGAAUAUAUGUCAAUGCAAAAUUUAAACAGCUUCAGCGUUUCAUGCUUGUUUGUAUUAGGAUUAAAUCAUUUCAGUAUUGUAUGUAUUUUUAUUAUUAUUAUUAUUAUUAUUACUAUAAAGGCUUGCUAUCUUCACAUGCACUUGGUUGUUAACCCUGCUUGUAACCGCUGAAUGACAUUUUCCUCCCUCUAUUUCUCACCACAUUUUGUAACCCUAAUAUUUAUACAUUUAUACGUGAAUUAGGCCUAUAUUACGCUGCUCUGUGAAAAUGAUUCUAAUUGUGGAAAUAAACAAAUAUACUGAACUGUAUUGUUAUCGUUCUUUACAGCAAUAUACCAGUAU